AUGGGUUCGAAAAUUGUGUCUUCAGUCGUAGCAGAUCUGCUUCGAACCAAACCACUCAUUAAACCAGCUGAUAUCAUCACAGAUUUCAAGCAAAAUUAUGGGUUGGACAUCUCCUAUUAUAAUGCUUGGUAUGGUAAGGAGUUGGCCAAAAAAGAAAUCCAUGGUGAUGAAGCUUUGGCUUACACUCAAUUGGUGUGGUAUAUUGACGCUUUGUUGAAAACAAAUCUGGGGUCCCAUGGUUACCUAGAGUGUGAUGUGAAAUCAUCAUGUUUUGAGCGCAUAUUCAUAUCAUAUCAUGCCUCAAUUGAAGGGUUCAAAUUCUGCAGACCAUUUCUUUGUCUUGAUGGUACUUUUGUGAAAAACAAAUACAAAGGGCACCUCCUGGCAGCUACAGGGAAAAAUGGUAACCAAGGAUUUUUCCCACUUGCUUUUGCCAUUGUGGACUCUGAAAAUGAGGCAAAUUGGACAUGGUUUCUUGAAAACCUAUCAGAGGUAUUGACUGACCAAGGUCGUAAUAUUACAUUUAUUUUUGAUCGUUGCAAAGGCCUUAUCGAAGCUGUAUCCAAUGUUUUUCCGGAGUCAAAUCAUUUCUUCUGUCUACACCAUUUGAAACAUAAUGUUCUAGCCAGAUAUCCUUCUUCAAUGGGCAAACUCUAUCAAGAUUGGAUCGUUUGGUGCUUUUCAAGUUGUGCAUAUGCGCCUACGGAAGGAGCAUUUGAACACCACGUGAAGAAACUGAAAAAAGAUGGUGGUGAUACCAUUUUGGAAUUUCUGGAUACUAUACCCAAAGAGAAUUGGUCAAAUGUUUUUUUCCCAGGUAAGAAAUAUGGUGAGAUGUGUUCAAAUUUGGUUGAGUGUUUUAACUCAUGGAUUUUAGUUGAGCGUGAGUUACCUAUUUAUCAAUUACUUGAUCGAUUGUGGACAAAAAUGAUGGUCAAAUAUGCUGCUAGGCGUCGUGCAGUUGAAAAAUGGACUACAUAUCUAUGCCCAAAGGUGGAAAAGCAGUUGCAGAAGUCUAUAGAAACUGGAAGACAUUGGGAUGUUAACCGUUCAAGUGAUAAUUUGUUUGAGGUUCAGGCUGGGUAUUCCUUUGCUAUUGAUCUUCACCAACACACAUGUUCAUGUUGUCAAUGGCAGAUUAAAGGUUUCCCGUGUGACCAUGCUAUUACAGCCAUCCUUGCUGAUCAUGGUGAUCCGUACGAGUACAUUGAACCUUACUUUACUACGGAUUACUACAGAAGUUGUUAUGGCAUCCCAAUUGCACCUGUUCCUGAUAUUGAGAAAGAGGCACCAGAGGGACUCGAAGACUUUAGAGUGAAACCUCCUCUAACUAGAAAACCACCUGGUAGACCUCGAACCAAGAGGAUUAAAUCUAGAGGGGAGGAAAAAAAAUGCUACAAAUGCAGUAGGUGUGGUCAAGGUGGCCAGCACAACUGGAGGACUUGCAAUGCUCAAAUAUGAGUCUAUUGUCAACUUAUUAUUCCUUAUUUUAUGUUUUGGCAUAACGACAUUUGUUUGCUUUGUUAAUUGGAUGUUGUUGGAACAAGUUUCAUUUUAAAAUUUGAAAUUACAUUUUAUCUUAUUUGGUGGUGA